GGUUCAGACUUUAAAAAUUCAAAUCGAGAAGGUUUACUGGGUUUGCUUCACACGUGCUAUUCGUUUGGUGUGGAAGAUUUGUUGUUUCUAAGCAAAUAUGUUAACAUAAAACAGAAUGAAACGAAUAUGGAAUUGGAAAUAUAUAACUCUAGCUAUUUUUGCCAUUUAUUUGUUAACUAUAUGUUAUAUUUGGUUAAUAUUGGAUGUUGACAGUUGUGAUUGUCAAGGAGGAUCUCCCAAGAGACCUUUGAAUGAAAUUUCAUUUAAUUUAAGAGACUUCAAGGAGAAUGGUGUUGGAAAAAAUUAUACUAAAGCAUCACCCAAACCUAUGAAAAAAUUAAGCAAACUUGUUACUGUGAUUAUUAGAGAAUUUGAAUUAUUUGAAAAUGAUAUAAUAGAUACUAUAAGAUCUCUGUUAAAAUUAGAUAAGUAUAUACACAUUCUUGUUAUCUCUGAUAAGAGUCCUUAUCCUCCUCUUCAUUUGCAGUUGGCUAAAGAUUUUCCUAGUAGUAGAAUUACGACUAUUGCUCUUCAUUCGUAUCCUUAUCAACCGAUAAAUGAUUCGCAACCUGAACUUUUUAUACAUACUGAUUACGUUCUGUUUAUACCAGAUUCUGCUAGAAUUCAAGCAUCUAAUAUUCGUCAGAUGAUUAAUGAACAUAUCACUCGUCCAGAUGAUUUGAUGGCUAUGUUUGCGAAUGAAAAAAAUGUUAAAUGUUUAUCAUCAAGAAUCAAUUUAAGGGAAUGGGUUCUUCAAAAUAAUAGAGUUUCUAUUAAAAAUAGAUGUGAUAUUUUGGAAGGUUUCCAUGUGCUAUUAAUGUCUUCGAAACUGUUAAUGAAGCUUAAUCAUCCAUUUUCUCGUCCAUUUCCAUAUUCGUUAUAUUUACAGACUAGUUUUAAAAACAUGAAGAUUUAUGCAGUUUUAAAUUCAAGUUUAAAACAAGAAAAGCAAUUAUUUCUUGACCCACAUAAUAAUUGGAAGCAUGAAACAUUUGUUUUACAGAGAUUGAUCAAUUUACAUAAAAGCUGGGGAAUCAAAAAAGUUAUUCAUGAAGAUGGAAAAACUGACUGGUAUGGAUGCACAAAAUCAACAACUCGUUGUUUUGGAACAGUGAUUGAUGAUAUGCCAGAUUAUUUAUAUGAAGGCCGAUGGACCCCACCUUGUUGCUUAGAGAAUUUGAGAGAGACAGCUCGACAUGUAUUUAAAAUACUAGAAAAAUGUGGUGUUAGAUAUUGGCUGGAAGGAGGUAGUCUGUUAGGAGCUGCUCGCAGUGGAGACAUCAUUCCUUGGGAUUAUGAUGUUGACAUAGGAAUUUAUGAAGAAGAUAUUAAAAAAUGUGAAUGGUUAAAGAACUCUGAAAAACAAUCUAUUAUAGAUAAUAAAGGGUUUGUAUGGGAAAAGGCAAGAGAAGGUGAUUUUAUUCGUGUUCAGUUCAGUCAGACUAAUCAUCUUCAUGUAGAUAUAUUUCCAUUUUAUCCAUCCAAAGGUAUGAUGACCAAACAUACUUGGUUUGCAACACACAAACAAGACAUAGAAUUUCCUGAACAUUAUCUAAAACCUUUAACAAAAGUUAAAUUCAUUGGCACAUAUGCUUCAGCACCAAAUAAUAUUAGACAAUUCUUAGAAAUGAAAUUUGGAAAGGGUGUAAUUGAAAAUCCUGAAUAUCCAAAUCCACAAAAGUUGAAAUUUCCAAGUAAAAAUCCUUAGAAAGAUCUAUUUUAUUAUCAUUUGAAUAUUUUUAGCUUAAAAGUAUUUAUUUAUAUGUUAAUGUUGGUCUAAAUAUUGCUUCUAAAUAGAUAUAUAUUCUGCUACUUAUUCCCCAAAAGAAUUGAAUGUUACCAAUAGUUGAUUGAUUUCUCCAUCAAUCAAAAUAUAUAAUACAAGCACUCUUCACUCAAUGAUUGAAUUCCAUUCCUGUGUAUUGGUUGAUAAAUGAGUUUAACUGUUUUAUUUAUUCUUGAUAAAGAAAUGGUCUAAAGGAAACUCCAACUUGAUAACUGCUUUAAUUUACAUCUCUUACAUAUUACAGAACAUAAAAAUACAAUCAGUAAAAAUUAUCAAAAUGUUGUACCAAAAAAUUAAAGUUCAUUCAUUUAAAAAAUAAUUAUUCUUGGCACUUCUAUGUCAUAUUCUUUCUUUUUACUGGCAUCUUGUACUACGGAGUGCACAAUAAAGUACAAAUUUAUAAAUGAAAUAUUGGAGAUUGAAAUCUUGAGGAAGUCUUAGAGAUUGCAAACACUUCAUAUAUUGAUAGUAAAUACUGACUGACUGUAGGAACAAGACUACAAAAGGGGACUCCUGAGACAGACUAAGAAAGGGGAUUCCAGCACUGGAAAGCUGAUCAUAACUCCAAGCGGUCAUUAAACAGAUAGGUCAUUAAGUGAAGAGUGGCUGUACAGAAUAAAUUUCUGUAUUUAUAGUUAAUUUUGCAUAUACAGUUCAUAGUUAAAUGACCACUUGCUAAUUGAAUUCUAGAAGUAAAUACCCUUGUAUGUGUUCUUGAUAUGUAUCUUUCAGAAAAAUUCAUGAUAGAUAAUUUUUAUAAAUUAUUAUGAUAUGCAGUAGAUAUGUCUAUUGGAACUCACAUCAUGAUUAAUGCUAUGAAUUCCAAUAAGCUUAUGAGAAAAGAUUUUGGCAAAAGAAAAUAGAAUCAUGAAGCAUAAGCAAUAGUUAUAUUUAAAAAUUUCAUUUAUUAUAUAUAUAUAUAUAUAUAUAUAUAAAAUUAUAAUUAUUUUUAAGU